GCAUGCACUCGCCGACAAUGCAUUUUGUCGAACAGCCCUCGACUCCGGACAACGGGUCCGGGGGACUUGAAGAUCACCUCUUUUGAGAUUCACACAGAAGACCUCACCCCCUAGCAAUGUUUUCUUGAUCCACUCUGUGGGACGAGAUGUACUCUUUUCUUGACCGAGGAUUUUUUCCCAUCCUCAUGGAUUUUUUUCCUCAGCAAGUUUUUAACGAGGCAUCCCCGUGGAGUGGGUCACACAUUGACGGGAUUGUGAGAGGAUGACGACUUAUUCAUGCACUCUGAACAGCAAACCGACGAUGCCCUUUGUACGAGAGCAGAACCUUUCAAGACAAUGAGCAGAUUGGGGCAUACUUUUUUACCGUGCCGCUCCGGACAGCGAGUCAGCAGCGCACAUCGUGCUCAGUGCUACGAUUUCUUUUACUUGGCCACUCCGGACAACGAGUCGGCAAUACACCUCAUAUCCAUGGAUGCAGAUUCUUUCACCUUGCCUUACUCGGAGCAGCGAGUUGGCGUUGCAUUUCGAGACAAAUGGCGUCGCUUGCCUUACUUCACUGUGCUCGGGACAGCGAGUUGGCAGUGCAGUCCAGACAGCAAGGAGGACGGUGUCCCUCCGUGGAGAAUUAUGGUUCUACUUCCACUUCACCUCGAGUUCCUCUCGGCUCGAGAAGUGGGGGACUCAUGAUGGAUACCCCGAACAGGGGGUAUCCGGUCUUUGUGUAAUAUUAGUUGGGGCGGUCUAGUUUGUGAGAUCGGCCCGUUAGUCGUUUAUUAAUUUCUUAUUUAGGGCGGCCCAGCCUGUUGGGCCGGCCCAUUGGUCUUUGUAUGUAAACCAUAGCCUUCACUCUCCGUGAUAUAUAUGGGGAGAAGAACCUUCUCCCUCCCCCCUUCCUCGAGUAAGGUGUGCGAGGCCUGAAUGCAAGAUUCAUAAUGGGAAUGAUCGUGUAAUAGUAAGAGCCAAGUGAACUGGGGG